AUGAUGAUGAUGAUGAUAACUCCUUAUUUAUGUUUACUAUUAUUAAUAUAUGUUUGUUGUUGAUGUUGUUGCUCCAAUUGUUACACCAAAAAAUUGAAUCAAAAUAAAUUUCAUCUUGAUUUCUCUCCUCCUUCCUCUUUCUUUUUGUUCAUCGUCAUCUUUUUGUAAUUGUUGUGAGUUGGUACCGUUAACUUGAUUAUCUAAUGUUACUUAAUCAUAUAUCGUCAUCUUAAUUAAAGUCUCUCUUGUUGGUUCCUAUUUUUUUUCUUCUUCUUCUUCUGUCAUUUGUCUUCACCUUUUAUCUUCCACCUUCUCCUCCUCCUUCUCCUUCAACUCGCUUGGCUUUUUUUUACCGCCUUCUCCUUCCUCUUUUUGACGAACUAUUGUUAAUUUGAUGAGUUGGUGAAGGUGCGACAAUUAUAAUCAAUCAGGUUUGAGCGUUUAAACUGUUGUUGAUUAUAUUGAUCACCAUCAAGGGGGAAGAUCAAAAUCACUUAAAACAUAUUCAUCCAUUCAGAAUAGGAAAUAUUAAUCCCUCCAGUUAGUUUUAUAAAAACAUCAUAAUCAACUCAAAUUUAAGUUAGUUAGUUCAAGUCAGUUAAUGUGAUAACAUCCUCUCCAAAUCCUUUAAUAAUCUGAAAUAGUUUAAAAAGUUCGUUGUAAAUUUAUCAAUUGGAUUUAAAUCAAAAUGAAAUUAAUAUUUGUUCUUGGUGUUCAAAUUGUCCUUGUUUAUGGUCAACCCAUUUUCACUCCAAUGGCUGGUCAUGUUGGUGUUCCAGUAGGUGCUCAUGUAGGUGCUCCUGCAAUGGGAGGACAUUUUGGUUUACCAAUUGAUACUUUAGGAGCAGCAAGUGGAUAUGCAGGCGGAGGAGCAGGUUUCCCGUUACUCAGUCCAAUGGAGCUGAACGCAAUCAUGGAAGCUCAGGCUAGAGGAGGUAAUUUUAAAGCCGCUUUCACUCCUGACACUGAACCUCAGGGUUUCGCUGGAUAUGGACAACAGCAACAACAGCAACAUGGUGGAUUUAUGCCAAAUUUUGAAGAUGGUUUCGGUCAAGAAGGUAACAGUGAAUUUUAUGAGGCUCCACAUCAUGGUGAACCUUUCCCAGCUCAUGAGGCUGAUUCAGAUGUGAAACAACCUGAACCUAAAGGUAGAGAUAAUCGUGAUAAUCGAGGUCCAUACCAUAAAGAUGAUGCCAUAGAAGAUGGACCUUCAUCUGAAGGACCACAAGAACCACAGGAGCCAAGAGAAAUUGUAAAUGGACGAGGAGGUCAAAUUGAACCAUCUAAUGGUCAUCCAGGUCAACAGAGAGGUUAUCGAGAAGAGGAAAGAGAUUCAGGUGAACCUCAAAUUCAAAAUGAACCCGCUUUAAGAGGUGCUUACAGAGAGUAUAGAGGUGAGGGUGGAUCAUCAUCAUCACCUUCAAAUGGUCAUCCAAGACAACGAGGUGGUUAUCGGGAUGAGGAAAGAGAUUCCGGUGAAGUUUCAUCACAUUCCGGUCAAAAUGAGCCCAAUUCAAGAGGAGCAUACAGAGAAUACAGAGGUGAAGGUGGACACAAUAAUAAUGGACAAAGUGAAGCUGCUGAAGGACAAGAAGGAUCAGAUGGACCAGAAUCAUUUGUUGGUGGACAUGAUCAACGGGAAAAUUAUAAUUACCAAUGAGAGAAAAAAAAACUCAAGUGAGAGAGAAAAAAAAAUU